UGAAAGAGAGAGACAGACAGACAGAGAGAGAAUUAUAGUGUUCAGUGAAUACUGAGUGGAAAGAGGGAAACAAAUCUUCUGAAUUCAUAGAGAAAGCAGAAGAAAAGAGAAUCAGAAGAAGCUCUUAGACUGGACACACACACACACACACACACACACACACACACACACACACAAACACAUGCACACACACACACACACACGCACACACACACACACACACACACACACACACACACACACACAUACACAGAUAUCGCUUCCACCCCUCAGGGUCUCUUUAAACACAAAGGCUGCUGUUGUUGAUGUGUUCGGCAGCUGUAGAACAGGCAGACAGAUGAACAGAUGGACUGACUGAGAAACAUGUCCAUAUUAAGACGACACUCUAGCAGGCAGGGCCUGCAGGACCUCCAGAGUUUCCUGCCAAGCUGAAUAAGUGCUGCAGAUUCAAUCAUCAGAAUACAAAUAAUGCUGAAUAUGUGCACAUAUGUACAUAAUCACAGUUCAACGAAGUCUGGAAGAUGCAGAGGAGAUAGAGAGAGAACAGCGACGUCGUGAGAGAGCAAGCAGCUCCACAGCACCUCCUCAGGACACGUGCAGUCCUGUACUAUGCGAAGACAGUUUGUGCAAGAGUGAUCUGAAGCCAAGCUGGUUGUCCUCUUGGGAGGGUGAUGAUGGCUUUAGUUCUUGCUUGGAACAAGUGGAGAGACAAACAGAAAAAUGUGAAACAACAGAGGUACAUUACAAUAGCUCUGCACACCUAUUGCAGUCUCAGCCUAGUAGCUCCACUCACCAGCACUUGAAUGGCUUAAAGGAGCAUAUUGGCUCUGCCCCACUCUGGCAGACGUCACCUCCUCUUUCUGAGCAGCUAGAUCAGCAUUACCAAGAGUGGAAUACAACUGGUGAAUGGAGAAGGAAAGAGCAAGAAUCAAGAAAAAAGGAAGAAUGCAGCAUAGCUGGACAGAGAGAGGGGUAUCAGGGUGAAUGGGAGAAGAUGGCAGUGAGGCAGGGAGACGGAGAGAUAUGUCUCAGAAGUGGAGAUUGGCAAAGACAAGACAUGAAUAAAAUCGUAAGAGAACAGAGGAAAGAGAUGAAGAUUUCCUACACUUCAAAACUACACCUCCAAAAGGAUUUGAGAUGUGAGACCACUACUGGAGUGGAAGAAGCAAUAAGGAAAGCACCAUGUUUGGGUGAGGAGAACACUGAAGCAGGCUCAGAGAUGAAUGAAGGCCCACAGAAGAGAGAGGGAGAAGAGCAGACUCACCAUGAGGAGAAAAAUGAGGAGGAGAAAGUGCAGGAGGAAACCGAGGUAGAAAGACUGAAGCAGAUGAGGGAAGAGGAGAAAGAGAAGAAGAGGAGGAGUGUGAUGGAGAAGAUAAAGAGACUGAGUGUGUCCAGCACUGAAACAGAUGAACCCUUUAGCCCUCUCAGUCCCACUCUCAUGGUUGAGGAAGCACAGGGACUGACAGAGGAGUUUAUGUGUUCGAUCUCUGAGAGGACUGAAUCUCUGAAUCGAUCUGUUAAGAAAAGUAACAGCUUCCAGAAGACUCCACCUCCAUCUAUGAUCACCUUAAAGAUUGAUAGUCGACUGGAACAGUACAACCAUGCAAUUGAGGCAAGUUCUCAAGAGGUGAGAGAUGCAAAAGCAGGCCUGUUUGACUUUCCAAGCAGCCCAGAGCCUGUUUCUGCCCGGAAGAACAAGUUUGAAGUGGGAGAUGCCGGGAACCAGAAUUCAGCAAAGGCAUCCUCUAAGGAUACUGAGGGCUUGAAAGUGGGUGUGGCUGAUCUGAUCACUCAAUGGGUGAAGGGUAAUCCUGAUGUCAAUUCCAAAACUACCCCUUCCAAACCAACAUCUAAUGAAGUCAAGGCUGGUGAGGUACAUCAGAAAAAGAGCCUGUGGGAGACAAAGGAUACAUUUAAAGCAGAGUACCCAGGUGGAAAGGCAAGCAUGGAUAAAAAGUUUAAGUUUGUUUGGACCAGCCAUGGGAAAUAUGAGAAGGUCUUGGCUGAUGACAGUGUCAGUCACACAAAUGUAAAAUCAAGCCAGUAGCACCACGAAGAUAACACAAGAGGCAAGCACCAAGAAGACAAUUCUCUGAAGCAAUGACAAUGACUUUUUCAAUUUGCUAAUUCAUUCUUUUUUAAUUAUUUUGUUUAUGAUCUAUUCUUUUCUCUAAAAGCUCCACAGUAUUACACACAGCUUUAAAAAAAAACGUGUUAUUAAACCUUAAGAUUGAAGUAAUUUCAGUAAUUACAGGCAUAUUUUAAGUCAUAUGAGAAUGCAAAUAAUCUCUAGUCAUUCGUAUUGUGAUGUACUUGCAUUUCUGUUGCUGAACUAUCAUGUUGUAGUGGAAUAAAUGCACAAAGAUUAAACAAUGCAAAGCAGUAAA